GGGGCAAACCCCAAACCCGGCGAUGAACCUGCUAGCCGGUUGCUAGCUCCGUCAAAUAGCGAAAUAGCUUGUUUUAGUUCCGUUUUGGACAAAAUGUCUCAAACAAACUGCGGCAGCAGCGAUAAUGUGAGUGAAUAUUCAGCGCUGAAGGAGGAAGUGAACAGAAAGGUGAAGGAGCAGAAGAUUAUUGUGGACGAGCUUUGUAACCUGAAGAAAAACAGGAAAGUUUACAUCCAGCAGAGGAACAGCAACGUUUUCUUCCUGGCUGACAGAAGUCAGACUCUGAGUUCCUGUAAAAAGGAGUUGGACUACAUGAAGAAGGAGCAGCAGGACCUGUGAGGUCAUCACCAUGUGCGGGAUCUUCUGCCUCCUGAGUCGGUCCGCGGCUCCAGAGGAACUGGACCCGGCG